AUGGCGAGGUCAAAUCGAGCGCGUGGCGCGUCGUUGACGUUGUCUUUUUUCUUCGUCAUCCUCAGCCUCGUCCUCCUCGUUCCUCUCACAUCUGCUCGGGCGCCAGACGCGCGACCGUCACCACCAGUCGAGGGCGAGCUGAUAUGUCACACGGACAACCCGGCAGAAUGUUAUCCCAAGGUCUUCCAAGCGACGCACGAAUUCCAGGUUAUCCGCGAUGACCAGGACAUCCCCAACGGCCUGCACAUCAGAAUGGACAUGACUACCGGCCGCAAAGAAGCCAAGAUCAACGUCCCAGACGAGGAGAACCCCGCCCUUGAAGGUCUCCCCGUCGAUUCGAGCAUGAUCGUCGUCGAACCCGAGGAGGGAGAGUCAGAGGAGGCGCCGCCGAUCCCUUGCCGCCCCCGUCUACAGGCCUUUGGCCAGGUGAAGCCGCCCAAGGAGGAGUCGCCGCAGUUCUAUACGCAUCUCGACUUCAUCAAAAAGGGCCCCGGCGGCGCCGACCUUCCCUUUGACGAGGCGCUCGAGUUCCUCGAAGAAAUCUCGCACGACAUGUACUAUGGCGACAAAAUCGCCGAGAACCCAGAGACCGUCCACGCCCUCCUUUGUCUCAUGGCCAGCCCCUCGCAGGCGACGACCGAGGAUCUGGCGCCGCGGGACCAGCGCGCCGCGACCAUCAUAGCCGCCGCGCUACAAAACAACCCGGACGCCACCGAGCUCGUCGGCAACGCCUGGCUCGGCUUCCUCGACGCAAAGUGUAACGCGCCCCAGGGCGGUGAGGGCGACGGCGUCACGCUGCGCGAGAAGAUGUACGCGCCGUUCGUGCCGGGCGAGCCGCUGAUGGUUGGUGAGCUUGCCCUCGCCGCGGCGCGAGCCAAGGCGCGCGUCAAUGCUCUGCACGGUCUGCUGCGGAGCCCGGUCGUGCGGGAUGACUUCCUCGCCAACCAGGGCAUGGAUCGCCUGCUAGAGGUUCUGAAGCCGGGCGGCGAGAAGUGGGCGGCGGGCAAUGAGUGGGAAGGCGCUCAGCGCAAGGUGGCGCACCUGCUGCUGGAUACUUUCCUGGAGGAGGAGUUCGGCGCGACCAAGGGCAUCUGGCCGACUUUCAGAGCGGCCGAGACGGACGCGGGUAAGAGGAGGGCCACGAGGGCUUCAGAUGAACAGUGGAUUGAGGCCGUACGGGUGAUCAAGGACAGGCACACUGGAAACAAGGGACACUGGAGUGUGGGGGUGCUUAAGCAGCUAGAGGCGCUGCACAAGGCGCAGCUGAAGAAUCUGCCAAGGGAGGAUCUUUGA